AUGGAAAGGUGUGUGUGUGUGUGUGUGUGUGUGGACAUGUCGACGUGUGCAGUGCAAACAAACAUUGCUUGUUUUCGAGUUGAGUGUUUGGACACUCGGUUCUCGUUCCAGUGUCAACGUCCACGUUCCUUUGAGGGAUUAAAGUCGAAGGUUUUGCUGUUCUUGUUUUUCAUGUCGUCGGUCGUUGCUGUUGCAUGUGUCUUAUGUGUUCUCGUUGAGCGUUACAGUACGGCUGCUGUCCUUUGCGAGAUAAAAAUACGAAAACAGAGCGAACAGCACCCAUUGAAGGUCUUGGUUGGUGCUCAAGACAAGAGUGGAUGGAUCUGGUGGGACAAGAGAGGGCCACUUAACCUGGGUUGUUUGUUUGUUGAGAGCACUUUCUUAUUCGGCAGUAAGAUACUGAUUGGUCGAUGUGGUUGCGGCUGUAUUCUAUUCCUGUUUGCUGAUUGUUUGUGUGAAGUUGGAGGUCAUCGUCAUUGUUUCUGGAAAACUCUGGCUUUGGUACUGUUCCUUUUCAGGUAA